AUGGCGCCACCCUGGCUUCUCGAACCUCCAGUAGCUGGGAAAGGGACGGGAAAGAGAGAGAAGGGAGGGCGGCGGGGAGGAGGGAAGUCAAGAAGGCGGGAGAAAGGGGGAGUGCGGGGGAGAAGGGAGCCGAGGCGGAAGUCGAGGGGCCCCCCGGGUGGAAGUGACGCUACCCCCGCUGCCCAAAAUGUCGGCGCCCAGAGGGAGGUAGAGAGCCCCCACCCGCCACUGCCCUCGCGCCACGCCACCAUGGAUGACGCCCCGCUGCCAGCGCCCCCGGUCCCUGCCCCGGCCCCGGCUCCGCCCACUGCUGCCCCCCGCGUCCCGUUUCACUGCAGUGAGUGUGGCAAGAGCUUCCGCUACCGCUCGGACCUGCGGCGCCACUUCGCUCGGCACACUGCGCUCAAACCCCACGCGUGUCCGCGCUGCGGCAAAGGCUUCAAGCACAGCUUCAACCUGGCCAACCACCUGCGCUCGCACACCGGCGAGCGGCCCUACCGCUGCUCCGCCUGCCCCAAGGGGUUCCGAGACUCCACCGGCCUGCUGCACCACCAGGUCGUCCACACUGGCGAGAAGCCCUACUGCUGCCUAGUCUGCGAGCUCCGCUUCUCCUCGCGCUCCAGCCUGGGCCGCCACCUCAAGCGCCAGCACCGCGGGGUGCUCCCGUCCCCCCUGCAGCCCGGCCCAGGCCUGCCCGCCCUGAGCGCUCCCUGCUCGGUCUGCUGCAACGUGGGGCCCUGCUCGGUGUGCGGGGGCGCGGGGGCCGGCGGCGGAGAGGGCCCAGAGGGCGCAGGCGCGGGCCCGGGGAGCUGGGGGCUGGCGGAGGCGGCGGCCGCGGCCGCGGCCUCACUGCCGCCGUUCGCGUGCGGUGCUUGCGCGCGGCGCUUCGACCAGGGCCGCGAGCUGGCCGCCCACUGGGCUGCGCACACCGACGUGAAGCCCUUCAAGUGUCCGCGCUGUGAGCGCGACUUCAACGCCCCCGCGCUGCUGGAGCGGCACAAGCUGACCCACGACCUGCAGGGGCCGGGCGCGCCCCCCGCGCAGGCCUGGGUCUCCGGGGCUGGCGCCGGGCCCGAGACGGCCGGCGAGGGCGGCGCUGCGGAGGCGGGCGAGGCUCAGCCGGCCUGGGACGGCAGGCUGCUCCUGGGCCGCGCCGGGGGCGGCGUGCCCGAGCUGGGGGGGCUGCUCCCCGAGGGCGGCGGGGAGGCCCCUGCGCCUGCGGCCGCGGCCGAGCCGUCGGAAGACACCCUCUACCAGUGCGACUGCGGGACCUUCUUCGCGUCGGCGGCGGCGCUGGCCAGCCACCUGGAGGCGCACUCGCGCCCCGCGACCUACGGCUGCGGCCACUGCGGGGCCCUCUACGCGGCCCUGGCGGCCCUGGAGGAGCACCGGCGCGCCAGCCACGGCGAGGGCGGCGGCGCGGAGGAGGCGGCGGCGCCCGCCCCGGAGAGGGAGCCCGCGUCUGGGGAGCCUGCGUCCGGCUCGGGCCGCGGCAAGAAGAUCUUCGGCUGCUCCGAGUGCGAGAAGCUGUUCCGCUCGCCGCGGGACCUGGAGCGGCACGUGCUGGUGCACACGGGCGAGAAGCCGUUCCCGUGCCUGGAGUGCGGCAAGUUCUUCCGCCACGAGUGCUACCUCAAGCGCCACCGGCUGCUGCAUGGCACCGAGCGGCCCUUCCCCUGCCACAUCUGUGGCAAGGGCUUCAUCACGCUCAGCAACCUCUCCAGGCACCUGAAGCUGCACCGGGGCAUGGACUGACGUGGCCAGGCCGUGCGCCCCUCCGCUAGACCACCCCUCCCAAGGGCUGGACUCAGGGCCCGGGCCAAGGGACCUAGGGACCACGAGGGAGGCCCCGGCCCUCCAGAUCCAGACACGGGCCCCGAGAUGAGGGGACCCUGGCUGGAGACAUGGAGCCACCAAACACACGGGCCCCUGAGCUGGGGGGCAGCGAAUAAACGGAGAGAUUCCUCAGCUCGAGGGUCCCGGAUCUGUGGAGAGAUUCCUAAGCUCCAGGCCCCUGGAAUACGUGCUGAGCACCCCCAAAUCAAUAGGCCCCUAAGCUGCGGGACCUAGGAAUGAGAAAUGGGUCUCCACAAGUACUUCUCAUCUUGAGGGCCCAAAUAAUAAAAGAUGGGCACCCCUCCCCCAAGGGAAGAUUGCCCCUCUCCCUAAGAGCCAUCAUUCCGACGACCUUGAUCCGGAGAAUGGGGGGGAACCAUGUUCCCGGAUUUCCCUGGAUCCCCUCCAAAUGCUACCCACCAGAGUCACUGGUGCCCCCAGAUAAUGGAUAUAGCCGGAAUCUGCCUCUCCCCUCCCCCGACUUUAUUCCCUAUGCGGAAAGAGGACCAGGGUAGUUGCCCCCUGCCCUCAACCCCUUCCCCAAUUAGGUCUCCCUCCCCUACUAAGGAAUGGAUCGACCCUAAUGAUCUCCCCCACCCCCAAAAACUAGAAUAGCCUGGUUCAAAAUCCCUGCGCCCAGUAGGAUGGACUGAUCCAGAUACACAUACCCCCACGCCCUGUCCACUGGAAUGGGCUGGGCCAGGUUGCCACCCGCGCCCCACGCUCCUUAGAAUGCAUACGGCAGACACUCCUCCCCUUCCUCUAGCGUGUGGGCAGGUCCACGUCAUUCCGCAUUAUGUGAACUCACGAGUGGGAGGUGGGGGACAUUGGGGUAUCCCUCCCGCUCUGCUGUAGCACCUGUUGGUCUUUCCAUCUCUGUCAGUUUGUCUCUGUGUUCUUCCCAACCCCAAGGGGAAGGGGGAUUUGGCUAGGGGGUUUCCCCCUGUGAGCCUCGACCUUGCCCCCUAUCCCACUCCCCAGUGUCUCCUGGACCCCAAUAAACCUUGUCCUGUCA